CAACAAUUUCAGGAUGAUUGCGUGAACUUGGCCAGAAUUUUGUCGGACUGCCUGAAAUGGGAAAAGGAGAUUCUUGAUUCAGUCGCAGCGACUCAGAGCUGCAACAAUCAGUCGGUCAUGCCUCAGACGUGGAGAGAUAUGGACAGUAAGGUCUCUGAACUGAAGAGCAAGAUUUCGGAACUAAAGAAAGAGAUCAAAAUGCAGGAGGGUCUAAAUGAAAAGCUCGACUACAUCCAGAAAACCUGGCAAAACAAAGUGGAGCAGAUUAUUGAACUGGCCCAGAUCAAGCCUGGACUGAUGGAGGAGGAAUGUCUCAAACAAGCCAUGUUCAUCAC